GCCCCCGCCGCCGGCCUCUUUGCGCAACACCUUGGCUAUAUAUUCCCCGGGCCGCUGGCUGCACCUGGGUGCCUCCUCCGGUCCAUUACCUGCGCGGGGAGCGUGGUGAACCAUGGCUCCUUGGCCUGAGGUGGAAAAUGCCCAUCCCAACCCAGGUAAAUACAUCGAAGGGAUCUCCACGGUGGAGAAAGACAAGGAGCCUGACAAAGAUGGCACCAGGACUCCUGUAACCAAGAUUGAACUGCUGCCAUCCCAGUCCAUUGCCACACUGAUAGAGGAGCCCACAGGCGUGGAAGACCCCUGGGACCUGCCUGAGUUUAAGCACAAGGGGAUCAAAUGGUCAGAGAGAGACACCAAAGGGAAGAUUCUGUGUAUCUUCCAAGGACUCGGGAAGUUCGCUCUGCUCCUGGGGUUCCUCUACUUGUUCGUGUGCUCCUUGGAUGUGCUCAGCAGCGCCUUCCAGCUGGUUGGAGGAAAAAUGGCCGGGAAGUUCUUCAGCAACAACUCGAUUAUGUCCAACCCCCUGGCGGGGCUGAUGAUCGGGGUGCUGGUGACGGCCAUGGUGCAGAGCUCGAGCACCUCCACGUCCAUCAUCGUCAGCAUGGUGGCCUCCUCACUGCUGACGGUGCGGACUGCCAUCCCCAUUGUCAUGGGAGCCAACAUUGGGACCUCGAUCACCAACACCUUCGUGGCGCUCAUGCAAGUAGGAGACCGGAGUGUGUUCAGAAGGGCUUUUGCCGGGGCCACCGUCCACGACUUCUUCAACUGGCUCUCUGUGCUGGUCCUCCUGCCGGUGGAGGUCAGCACCCAUUACCUGGAGGUCCUGACCAACCUGGUGGUGGAGUCCUUCCAUUUCAAAAGUGGAGAAGACGCCCCGCCGCUACUGAAAGUCAUCACGGAUCCCUUAACCAAGCAAAUUAUCCAGCUGGAUAAAAAGGUUAUCAGCCAAAUUGCAAUGAAUGAUGCAACAGCUCAAAACAAGAGUCUGAUCAAGAUUUGGUGCAAAACUCUUACCAACGUGACUCAGAUGAAUGUCACCGUCCCCUCGGUUGAGAACUGCACCUCCCUCUCCCUCUGUUGGACAGAUGGUCUCCACACCUGGACCAUCAAGAACGUGACCCACCGGGAGAAUAUUGCCAAGUGCCAGCACAUCUUUGUGAAUUCCAACCUCCAGGAUCUUUUCGUUGGCACCAUCCUGCUGGUGAUCUCCCUGCUGGUGCUCUGUGGCUGUCUGAUCAUGAUCGUCAAGGUCUUGGGCUCUGUGCUCGAGGGACCAGUAGCUGCUGUCAUCAAGAAGACCAUCAACACCGAUUUCCCUUUUCCCUUCUCCUGGCUGACUGGCUACCUGGCGAUCCUCGUGGGGGCGGGCAUGACCUUCAUCGUGCAGAGCAGCUCGGUGUUCACGUCUACUCUGACCCCACUGAUCGGUGUCGGUGUGAUAACGAUUGAGAGGGCAUAUCCACUCACGCUGGGGGCCAACAUCGGCACCACCACCACCGCCAUUAUGGCCGCCUUAGCCAGCCCGGGCAGCACGCUGAGGAGCUCGCUCCAGAUUGCCCUGUGCCACUUUUUCUUCAACAUCACAGGCAUCUUUCUGUGGUACCCAAUCCCAUUCGCCCGCCUGCCCAUCCGCAUGGCCAAGGGCCUGGGCACCAUCUCAGCUAAGUACCGCUGGUUUGCCAUAUUCUACCUGGUCGUCUUCUUCUUCAUGAUCCCACUGUCAGUGUUCGGCCUCUCGCUGGCUGGGUGGCCAGUGCUGGUGGGCGUGGGGGUGCCUGUCGUCCUCGUGAUCCUGCUGGUGGUGGUGCUCAAGCUCCUGCAGUCCCGCUGCCCACGCGUGCUGCCCAAGGUGCUGCAGACCUGGAACUUUCUGCCCGUGUGCAUGCGCUCGCUGAAGCCCUGGGACCUCGGGGUGUCCCUGGCCACCGGCUACUGUGUGACACACUGCUGCUGCUGCUGCCGUGUCUGCUGCCGCCUCUGCUGUACGCUCUGCUGCCCCAGGUGCUGUCGCUGCAGCAAGUGCUGCAAGAAUCUGGAGGAGGAGCAGGACAUCCGCAUCAAGGCCCCAGAGGCCUUCAGUAACAUCGUCAUGGUCGAAGAGGCACCAGAUGAGGUCCCCAAGUCCCAAAUGGACACCCUGAACACAAACACCGUCUCCAGCUGCACAGCCUUGUAG